UCAUUACAAAAAAUCGUGGCCGUAGCGUUCACAACUAAAAUAUGGCGGCAAAUACCCGCCAAAAAAUGAAACUAUUUUAUUCCGUGGCCGAACGACAUUUCACACAGAAACGUGUGACGUAACGCAAAUUUGUCCAUUUUUCGAUAAAAAUGGCUGGCACUUUGGCUGAGGAUGAAAUUGGCCGAAAAUGGGACCGCUGUUUUGCAGAUGCUGUUAUUAAAUUGGGCGGUGGUAUUGUCAUCGGCUCUGUUGUCUCCCUGCUCUUUUUCAGAAAGAGAUGGCCGAUUGUGACAGGGGCAGGCUUUGGCCUCGGUAUGGCGUAUUCAAACUGUGAAAAAGACAUAAACUCAUCGAUUAGCCAAUACAAACCCAAAGGACGUAAAUGCGAUGACGCCACAUAAGAUAAUAAUGCUCCCCUUUUAACAAAUAAAAUUCAAAAUCACGAAAAUGUCUAGGCAGUGCUACAGAACAUGCAUUAAUCCAAUUUCAGAAGUUCUGCCAGUUUAGUUAAAUUUGUAACAAUUAUAAAUAGCAUAAGAUCAUUGCUGUACGAAUAAAAAUCCAUACAGUGUA